UACACAUUUAUGGAAUACAUUGCCGAAUCGACACCUGGGCCGCCAAUCAAACAAUUUUAACAAGUUUAUUUACUAAACACCGAAAUACUAAACAACAAAUAUUGUUAAUUCUUAGUAAGAAUUAAAUUGUCUAAAACUACCCUACUGCAAGUCUUACAUCGCGUCAUUGACAAUAUGGAUAAUUUAAUUUGUGCAGAAUUCCAACAAUUAAAUUUGCAAGAACCGGAAAUUUCUAUACAAGCCAGUAUCAAUCCUCUUCUUGAUCCACACAUAUUGGAAAAAAUAUUCCACAACCUUGUCAAAAAUCCGAAACAACGCGUCCCCUCGCCACACUUUACAACAACCUUGAAAAAUUGUCGGUUAGUUUGUAAAGCUUGGAAUGACGAAGCAUUUCCCCAACUUUUGCAACAAACUUGGAUCAAUUCGUGUCAAGGGUUUGCCGAAUUAUGUGCUCAAUCGGUAGAAAAUGCGCGAAUAGCUCCGACCAGACUGAUUAUUAGGCCUGAAUGCAGAAAUGGACUGACAUAUUAUGGUACGGAUCGUUUCCUGCAAAAUUACGGACGCCACGUGACCUCCUUAGAGAUUAAAUUCAUGCUUCUUCCCCAUCAACAUGGCACCAAUUUCAAACUCGAAUUGUUCCGCUUGUACCCCAAUCGAAUCUGGUCGAGCUUCGAGACAGUUAUGAAACUGUACGUCCGCCACCGCCACCUAGACGAUACUCAAGACAGAAUUAUCGACACAGGCGUGAGCGUAAUUGGUAUGACGAUGGGUUUGACAGGCGAGAUGAUUACGAGAUGGCAUUAGGACAUGAUGAUGACAGUGAUUAAAAACUUGGUUAAAAUUUCUGAAUAAUUUUGCUAAUAAAUUAGGGCACUAAUAAUGGUGCUUUCCCAACGGAUGCUCACAGAUUUUUACCAAACUGGUUCCAAUUCCAAUCGAUCAUAAGGCAAUGUGAAAUCAGGAAAAGGCACUAUCAAGUCCUAUGCUGAGGUUUGGGUAGAUAUUUUCAUCCUGUUACAAAUAUUUCUACUAAACUCGAGCACUGACAGAUAGUGUCUUUUGCAAAUUUUAUAUGAAUUGCAUUUGCGAUCUAUUGACACUAAUUUGGUCAAAAUUUGUGAGCAUUCGCUUGGAUAUGUAUCUCCAUUAAAAGCAUGUUACAAAAUUUAACGUUAGGUUUAUUUCUGAAAUUUAAUAUUAUGACGGAAUUUCUUAUUGCUUCUUGCCUCAAAAAGUUUAGUACAAAAUAAAAUAUACACUAUAU